AAAAGCAUAGAUACGCAGUACCAGCCUUGUCCAAUCGAAUCAAUUUUUUGUAUUUUUACCAUUUUUUUGAUUUUGCAAGCAUUCACUUACAGACCACAGUACGUUUUUCGCAGAGCAAAUAGAAGUUCUGCCAGCAGCAACAUCGAGUAGGUUCUUCUCUCCAAAAACAUUCCCAAGAUGGUCGUUUCUUUUGCACAUUCUAUGCUCGAAGUUCUGGGACGCCGGUCCCUCUCUUCGCUUCUCGCUGUGGUUUGUUGGUCCCUUGCGGCUACCGAGUUUUAUUCUUACGGCACAACUACCGGUAGCACCGCAACAAGCACGUGGUCUUUCGCCUCAGGUGCCUCGCUGAAGAAGAUGAAGACCCCAGCGCCGCCAAGACUCCGAUGCGCACAAGCUCCUGAUCAAAGCGAAGACUUGCUGAAGGAGUUAGAAGAAAUGCCGGAUCUUGAGGAGCCGCAAGUGAAGUUGGCCAUGGCGGACGUUUGCAGUAUUACGGGUUUUCAUAAGGAAGGAACUCCCGUGAUAGAUAAGUCCUUGCCUAGCAGGAUUACAGCCCGCUCCUUCUCGCUCGGAGCUAAUAUGCGGGCCAGAAAAACUGACUGGGCUCGUUUUUGUGGCGGAAGAGACAGAAGCCAUUCUCCGGCGCAACGUCCGGUACGUAAAAACGGCCUGCCGAGUCGUGAAGUAGAGGACCGCGCGGCCGAGGAUCGUUUUGUGGCCUCGACCGGAAACAAGCAUUACAUCGAUUCAAUCUUCGGACUCGGGCUCGUUCCGACGAGUGACAGUGAGCCGGCUUAUGACCUUGGGCCAAGAAAUGCUGGCCGAGAAGAAGCGCAUGAAGUUGAAAAAGAUUUUGAGAUGAUCGAGCUCCGUCAAAAUAUUGAAGGAAUGGAAGUCCCGUUUUCCACUGGUCCCGAAGUUCUACCUCCAGAGGAAGCAGGUCGUGAGAUGCUGUGGGGGGGAAGAGACAUUUGUCAGCCAAUGUAUACAGCAGGUCUACCAUCUCCAUUUUCCUGCUACGGUCGACCACAGUAACAGGGUGAUGUUGGGGUCUGGGUGAUCUAGUUGAGGCUUAUUGAGUGUGUUGUGGAGGUAAGUAGAUGACUGGUCCAUAUACUGUAUGACAAACGUGCCCAGCACGUACAAAUUUUUUUCGCACUGCAGACGAUGCUAAUGCUAUCGUAUGCUGCACCGCGUAUCGAUGAGAUUUUGACGCAGCACACCACACGAGAAGGAACUGCAACACGGAGUCGAAUAGAAAAGCCAUUUGACUACACAAAUACUCACGACUGUCGCCGUCUAUCUAGUUGAGAUGCGAGGGCGACGAGGCAGAUUUUUCCAUGUAACUACAGUUAAAGAUUUUUCCAAUUAAAGAAAAAAAAGAAACACGUGCAAAGUUUUUGGGGUUUAUACAUGCGCUAGAUCAUUCAUCAGAAAGGAGUAGAAU